AUAUAUGGUAGUUUGAGUCCAUUGAAGACGAAACGCAGAACAGAGAGUCCUCUCUCUGAGAGUUUAAUCCAUCUUUCCUAUAUAGAAAAAAAAUGGGCUUGAAGGAGGAAUUCGAGGAGCAUGCCGAGAAAGUUAAGACCCUCCCAACCGCCCCUUCGAACGAUGACAUGCUCAUUCUCUAUGGACUCUACAAGCAAGCUACUGUUGGACCAGUGAACACCAGCCGUCCUGGAAUGCUAGACCUGAAGGGAAAGGCCAAGUGGGAUGCAUGGAAGGCUGUUGAAGGGAAAUCCAAGGACGAAGCAAUGGGUGAUUACAUCACCAAAGUAAAACAGCUGCUGGAGGCUGCUGGAAUGUCUUCUUGAUGUGUGUGACAAUGA